AUGAGGGUAGAUGAACCUGUGGAAGCAGGAGAAGAGACUGCAAAUAGCACACGCAAUGAAGAGAUAUGGGAAGCAGAGAUUGAAAGAAGAGAAGACACCGACAGCGAAUGCUUCUCUAGCUUGAGGGAAUUUCUAAUGCUCGAAAGGCUCUGCGAGGAGGAAUGUGAACACCCAAAUGGCUAUCAUAAAGAAGGUAAAGACGUGGCUUCCGGAGACGGCGACCACAUACAAGGGAAGAAGUCGAUGUCGUUCGAAGAGUUCUGUGGAGAGGCUUUUGCAAUAUCUCCAACCUUUAUCGAGGACAUCAUGGAGGAGGGCAAAAUCUCACAGAGACUUGAACAAGCACAUGAGGAGUUUGGAAAGUCCCUAAGACUUUUUCCUUGUUAUAAUGAGAUGGUAGAUAAGUUGGAGAAAGAGCGGAAAGGGAUUGGGCAGGGUGACACACUUUCCAAGCAGAAACGUCUGCGACGGAAAGGCCCGUGCAAACCCAAGUGA